CGCGCGCUGUGCCUCGCGCCUGGUCGCGCGCGCGCUGUGGGGCAGCCGCACGACGCGCAGGCAGCGCAAACAAUCAAAGGACUGCAAAAGGGCAACGCGCGCAGACAAACGCAAGGACAAGAGGCUGCCAGACAAGCCCCAGACAAGAGGCUGAAACAUGGGAGCCGGCGCCAGCGCGAGCGAGCAGUCCCAAUUAUUAGCAGAAGCGAGGGCCGGCGGCGCGACGCAGGAGGAGAUCGACGCGUAUAUCGCUGAAAACAACUUAAAUACGGCGCAGCGACCAGCCCAAACGCAGCCGAGCCACGCGCAGCUGACGCAGAUGGGGUUUAGUCCAGACGCCGUGGCCAUGGCUUUAUCAUUAGGUUUAGAAAGCAUGGAGGACGCGACGCAGUGGUUGCUGGACCAUCCCGACGCCGGUGGGGGCGACGAGACCGACGCCGACGUCAGGGACGAGGAGGCGUUGUUGCACUACGCGAUCGCGGAGUCUAUAUUGCAAAAGUCGCGCGAUAAUGACUUGACAACUGACGAAAAACGUUUAGUACCGUGGGCCACGGAGGUCGCCGAAUUGCAUGAAGCGAGACGAAAUGGUGCUAGGUUCGAUGAAAAAAGGUUCGGGGAGCUGCGCGAGGCCCUUAAAAGGGAGAGAAACGCCAUCGAUAGAAAUGCUGUCAGGGGUAUGCGGGCGGACUGGGUCACGGCCUUGAAUGAGGUCGAUGAUUUGAGGAGGACGGACGCGUCGGCCACGCGACUGGUGUCGAAGAUCCGCGAGUUAGAGAGAGAAUUGCUAUCAGCCGCGGCGCACAAGUCCGAGGUCGACGAACUGAGGAGGAGAGCACGUUUGUCAGGAGCCGACGCCGACGAGGCGGAACGGAAAGCAGCUCGAUGCGACGCGUUACUGCGAAGGAGUGCCGCGGCCCACGCCGAGGCCGAAAGUCGUAGAAGUGAAGUCAUGGCCUUCAGCGAAGAUUCGGGUGUCGGCAAGGAAACUUUGGAGAGAGUCUACCUGUACCUCAAGGACAAGGUCCACAACAAGGAACCUCUGGAAGCCGCGGACGUGAAGGCCGAGGUCUUCGGGCCCCACGGUGUGGAUGAACAAGCUGGUGCGGAACUAGUCCCCAAAGUGCUGCAGCUCAUCCUGCUCGAGGAGGACGAACUCUUGUUAAAAAAUCUCGUCAAGGGCGUCUUCGUCGAUGACCCCGCGGACGAUGUGGAUGAGAGCGACGACGAGCUGGCGCUGGCACCGGUGGAAGCCGUGUUACUGGCCGCCAGCAAGCCCGAUACUCGUGUGGAAGCGGAGGAGUCCAAGCCCCACAUUCCCCCGGAGUCCGACGACGAGAGCGACGGCCGCGGCGGCUGGCCCGAGCCCGAGCCCGAGGCUGCGGCGCGCUCGCCGCGUCGCGACGACGACACUGCGACGCGGUCGACCCUAGAGCAGAAGUUGCGCGACGCGAAGGAGGCCUCGACACCACCCGGCUCGGAGCUCGACGUGUCGAUGCUGACGUUCGCAGACCACGACGCGCAACUCGAGGCCAUCGAGGUUUGUCUGAUGGAACGGAAUAAUGCAGAGGAGGCCGCGCGGGACCGGUGGCACGACGCGAUCCUGGCCAAGGCUCAAAUAGACCUGCGAGUGAUCGAAGAGGACGCGAGUGAAGCGGUAGCGAAAGGCCUUGAUGACGUGCGUGACCGGUUCAAGAAGAAGCGCGACAAGGUCGGAGCCGACGCGGAGAAAUUACAAAGGGUCGACAAGGAGGGCCACCAAGCUAUUGAGGACGCGCGCGAGGCUUUGGAGCGCUUCGCUGAGUGCGCAUCGCGUGGCUUGGAGGAGGCGGCGGCUCGAUCAUUAAAAAAUAGAAUCGCAGCGAGGGCGCGGUUACGCGCGCAGCUCGAGAAGCGCUUCUCACAGCGCAUGGCUGCUGGAGACAUUAAUGACGUCGAGGCGCAGCUCAAGCGGCAAGAUAACGCAUUACAAGCGCACCAGGCCGCAUCGCUAGAGGAGAGCGUCUCGGCGGAGCACCUGGCGAUGGUCGUGGCCGACGUCGCGGCCCGCGACGCGCGCGGGAGACGACGGCGCGCUGAUGAAAGAGCUUCGGAUCGCGUCAAAGCGCGACGGAGGCUGCUGGAACGACUUUCAAUGAGAACAUCGAAUGCUGAAAUCGAGUUUCGCGAGUGGGCCGAGCUCUGUCGAGACGAUGAUCAGAACGAUCUGAGGGAAAGAAGGCUGGACGAGGCCAAGUUGUGUGGUGACGUCUACGGCGAGCUCAAGUUCCUGAACGCGCCCGUCGAUCCCGUCGAUAUUACGAGACUCACGAGGGACCACCACGACCAACGCAAGCAACUUUCCGAUCGCCUGGCGCGGCGGCACGCGGAGAAGCGCAUGCGCUGCAUCGAGAAGGUGCGGACGGCCGAUCGAGAUGUGAGUGACGCCGCCUUGGAAGCGUUGGAUGAGAAAUUGUGUGAUGAAAGACGGCAAGCUUUGGAUGCGCUAUCAGAUAGGCAUGUCGACGCCUUGCGAGGCCGGUUACUACUAGCUAGAGUCGAUGCGAACAACGUCCUGCAAGUCCUGCCCGCGGCGCAGCGCAUCGGGGAUGGACUGGCGAAGGCCGUCACCGACCUACAAGGAGACGACCUGCGGAAGCAGGCUUUAAAACUCAUAGAGCGCCACGCGGCGGAGCACGAGAGGGUGGACGACAUGCUGGCGGACGCGCGCUUGAAGCAGCAGGAGGCUUUGAGACGAAGAGUUAGGGAGCGCCUGAUGCGGUCCAAAGACGUCGCGACUGAUGAGCUCGACGAGUGGUCGGAAUUAGAGAAGGAGGUCGACCGGCGGGAGGUGAAGGCUUGUGCUGCUCAUCAUGCUUCUUUUUGUGGCGAAGCGGUCGGUAUUUGUGCUCGAGCGGGUGGUUCCGCGGAUAUGAGUGCCGUCGCGGACCUCGUGAGGGACCACGACGAAUGUCUGAGGGCGUUGGCGGCGCGCUUGCAUGACGAUCGAGCCCGUAGAAGAGGUGACUUGUUGCGUCGGUUAGCUGAACGCAAAGGAGAUGUCGAGGGCGAGCUCGUGCAGCUCGACGCCGACCUAGAAGCCGAACGGCGCCAGAAGAUGCACGAGUUCGUGGCCGCUAGGCGCUCGAAAGUACUAGAAUGCGUGGCCCAGAAGGGCACGCUGAUUGUCGUGGAGUCGAAGGGUACGGUGGAUGAGACGAAGAGCCAGGACUCGUCCGACGACGAGCAGGUCGUCUCACAGAGUGAGAGAAGGCGCUCCGAGGACUACCGCGCGCUCUUCGCGACGCUACAGAGGAACGAAGAACGCGCGUCGGAAAGUCGUCGGGAAAGACGGGUCGACGACGCUAGAAGACACAAGGAGUCUAUAGAGAGGCGCCUGGCGCGACGGCGCUCGCAAUCGCGACAAGGUCAGCGACAAGCCAAUGGGAUAAUGUCGCCGUUGACGGACGUCGUGGCCCAGAUCGAAGCCGCGAGGGACUCGUCGUCCAUGGCUAGAAAAUUAGACGCGAACAGGAGAAGGGAGUUCGUGGCGCGCCCGGCGCCAUCAAUGGCACCUGGCCCUUCAUUGGCCUUCUCGCCGUCGACGGGCGCGGACGCCGUGCCCGCGCGGAAGUUUGGGAGAGGCAUGGGCUUCUCGUCGGGCCCGAAGUCGCCCGAGGCGAAGAAGGAGCAAGGGCCGAAGCGCGUGCCUCCCGUGUUACGGGCGGGGUCGGUCCGCGCGGGCGCGGGGUUCUCGUCCAAGGCCGUCGGCGUGGCCGAGGCCAAGGAGGAGUCCAAAUCGUAACUUAGUUGAUGUGUUUUUUUUA